AUGGAAACCAUCACACUUCCUCACCUUCCGCAAUUUCCGCUCCAAGUCGUCCUAUUCAGCGAAGUCAAGAAUGCCGACUUCCUACGACAGCAACUCUUAGACGGCAAUACAGACUUUGAAUAUGCCUUCCUCGACGCCGCAGUCAUCUUGUCUCGCGAGCAUGUGUUCGCGGCGUGUUUUCGAGCUAUCAACGAUACUUUACAAAGCCGUCUGAAGAGCAAGAACGUGCAUAGUGAGAUCGUUUUUGCCUUGUCGCCGAAUAACAACAUAUCAGAGUCGUUUCGUCGCUUCGGCGUCUCAGAUACCACAAAGGAUCUACUAGCCAUCAAAGUGGCGUCUCGUGACGCUGUUCACACGGAAACCCAUCUAAAGGAGUCAGUACAAGGCACUGUCGUCCCUUUCACUGAUGAAGUAUUAGCUGGCAUGACAGACGAAGCUUGUCUACGAAAAGCCUACAAGAUCGACGUCGUCGGGAACGAAGCAGAUGCCUAUGUCGUCGGUAUGAUCGCUCUCAAAGGCUCUUGA